GACGGGUGCGCCAACUGUGCAUUUGCGAAGAGUUUGCCCGCGUAAAAUGCAGCCUGCCAGCAACAGUUUCUGGCAUGCUAAGGCCGCAAUUGCAAAGCAAUUCGCAAGAAAGCCUCCUAUACAAGCGGACACAAGGGAUUCACUUUGCCUCAUAGUGCCCAGACUCUACCUCAGCUCCUGCCAUUUGGAAGCGCAGCGGGACACUCUCAAGCAAGCUGGAGUGACUCAUGUGCUUCAGGUCGGAACGGAGCUGACUCCCACACAUCCAGGGCAUUUCGCGUACAAGCACAUUCCCGUUUUGGACCUGGAGGAGGAGGAUCUGGUCAAGUACUUUGACCAGUGCUUCCAGUUUAUCGAUGCGGGACGCGACGCAGGCGCGGUGCUGGUGCACUGCGCGGCGGGCAUCUCCCGCAGCGCCUCCGUGGUCAUUGCCUACCUCAUGGCCCACGGGUCACUGAGCCUGGAGGACGCACGAUCCGCCGUCAAGGCCUCGCGCCCCGCCAUCAACCCCAACCAGGGCUUCCUGCUGCAGCUGCAGCUGUUCCAGGAGGCCAGCUACUCCACGGAGGGGUGGCAGCCGUGGAGCCUGGAGCGGUUCCUGCAGGUGCGCUCUGCGGCCUACCCCCGCGCGGAGGCGGUGCCGGCGGGCAACGCCGACGUGCGCGGCGGCUGCGAGGUGGCGCCGCCGGAGCUGAGUCGCGAGGAGUCGCUGAGCUCCGCCAGCAGCCCUGUACAGUCGCCCGCGCGCAAGGGCGCAGCGCUGCUGCCGGUGGCGCUGGCGGGCGCAGCAGCAGAGGCGUCAGCAGCAGCAGCAGCAGCAGCAGCAGCGCCUUCACGGUUCGGGGCGGCGGCGGCGGGCCUUGGUGCGGUGAUUGACGGCGGUGGCCCAGGGGCUGAGUUGCAGGCCAGUUCAGCGGUCGGUGGGCCGGACGUGGCAGGUGGAAGCGGCGGCGUCCCCGGGAGCAGCGUGACCGGCGCACGAGUCAGCUUGAGCGGCGGCUUCGGCCGAGGCGGGGUGCCGCUGCCGCUUCUCGCGCCGCCGCUGCCGCAGAUGGGGCUCAUGCCCUCCCCGCUGACCUCCCCACACGAGCUACACCCGCCGCAACAGCACCACCACCACCAACAACAACAACAACAACAACAACAGCAGCAUUCUUCCGGAGCCGUGUCAGCGGCUGGACCCAGGUCAUCACGCGAGGACCGCGCGUGGCCGCGGCCCUACGCGCACAGCGAGGCGCACGCCGCCCCGCCGCCGCCGCACCCGCUGCCCGGCUACGGCCCCCGCCACACGAUCUCGGGCAUUCCUGACGCCAGCUCCGCGUCACAGUGGGCGUGGACGCAGCGCGCACAAGCACAGGCGGCGCCGGGCACGCAGCCCCCGCCGCUGACGGCCGCGGCGCCGUCGGGAUCGGCGUCCCUGUUUACCAUUCCGCCGGCGGCGGCAGGGGCAGAGGAGCCGGGCGCGGCGGCGCCAGGAUCAGACAGCGGGGGCGGUGCAGGAUGGGCUGGCGGUGCGGGGCAUGGGCAUGCAGGCAACUUUGCCCGUCCGCCGCUGUCACCGCCGCCUAUUGGCUUCGGGGGCAGCGGGGCUGGCAGGGGCGCUCCCAGUUGGGCGGCUCUGGACGUUAUCUCGCCAGCAGGAGCGGCAGCGACGCAGCUGCCGCCGCGGGCGGGCUUCCGGUCAUCGGGAGCGGGCGGCCGCGCCAGCACCAGCGGUGUUUGGAGCAUCGACCAGGCGGCCGUGUGGGGCGCAUCGGCCUACGCCGCUGCGGCGGCCGCCGCCGCCGGCCCGCCCGCUUGGGGCUCACAGGCCGAGGCGGGUGUGGCUGCUUGGGGCACCCCCACCUACGUGCACCCACACCGCCAGCACCCACUCCACUCGCAGCCCCCGCAUUCGCAAUCGCAAAUGCAGCUACAGUCGCAGUCGCAACAGGGGUUCCCGGCGCAGCAGACGGUCUCCAUGCCACUACCGUCGGCCGUCGGCCUGCCCGCCAGCGCGGCCGCCGCGGCCGCCUCCAUUGCGGGCUUGUCGGGCGCUGCCGCUCAGCACCUGCAGCAGGUCCCAGAGCUCGCUCUUGAACGCGGCAGCGAUGGGCAGGAUGCAGCCAUCGCCGCGAGUGCCGAGCUGCAAGAGGAAUCGUCGGCCGGGGGCUCGGCAAGCGCGCUGGGUGACGUUGGCGGUGAGGGGCCGGCGUCGGCGUCGGCGCGGCCGCACCACCACGCGCCCCGACGCUCCAUGAGCGACUCGCUGCCAGGCAUGCUGGCGCGAGUGCUGGCAGACGCUGGAGACGGAGGGGCCACAGGAAAUGGAGGCGGAGGCGGGGUGGCGGCUGCCGGUUUGGCUGCAGCUGCUGCUGUGACCGUCACCGGAGCGGAAGCAGCUGGUGGCAGCGCGGGCGGUGGCCAGGGUGCAAGCCAAUCGUACCGGGUGUCAGGCUCAGGGGACGGGGUUCCGGCGCUGCCGUACCGGGUAUCGGGUACGGGUGCCGGUAUCAUGCCGCCGCCCCGGCAAAGCUACGACGGUGGCGGCGGCGUUGGUGGCAACGGCGGUGCGAACAGCGGUACGGGAGCUGGCAUUGCUGCCGCCACAAUGAGCGGCAGGACCAGCUUCAGUGGCAGAGUGUCCAGCAGCGGCGUCGGUGGCUCAGCCUACGCCGUGGCGGCUGGCGCGGAGCUCGGAUGGCGCGAGCCGGCGUCGCCGCUCGCCGCCCUGCCGGAAGUGGACACGACUCACGAGGCCUCCGGCUCGGGUCGGGUCGACGGAGGCGCAGCGCCAGCGGGCACGCCCGGGCUUGCCUGGGCGCUGACGCCCGUGCUGACGCCGGCGGGCUUGGACCGCACCCCCAGCAAAGCCAUGGCCACGCCGAAGCUGCGCGCGGCCGCGGUCGCCAUGGCGGCGGCGGCGCAGCUGCCGCCGUCGGCGUCUCCGGACUCCAUGAUCAGUCGCACGGUGCGGGAGCUGUUUGGCGCCGCCAGCGGUGAGGGGCUGGAGCCCAGCGUUGGCAGCACGGCGGAUGCAGAGGCGGAAGCGGAGGCGGAGGCGGGGCCGGAGGCGGCCGGUGUGCGGGCGGCGCUGAUGGCGCUGACGGCGCCGGGCGUGCGGUCAGAUGCGGAUUUGGUGGUAUCACGGAGCAACAGCAUGGGCGGCGCCGCUGCAGGCCUGGCGGCGGCCGUCGCUGCUGCUGCGUCGUCUACGUCCACGGCCACAAGCGGUGCAGGAGGUGUGGCGGCAGCCGAGGAUGGGCCUAGAAGGGGCGCGGGCGGCGCUGCGGGCGCGGGCGCGGGGCCGGGGCGAGGAGGCCGUGGUGGUGGCAACGUGCAUGCCGCAGGAGGCGGGGCGGCGGGUGGCGGCGGCAAGGGCGCGUCCCGCCUGGCCACAGCGACCUUUGCGGACUGUGGCGUGGGCUUGGGGGCACGCCCUUCAUCGGAAGGGGGAUCCGGACUCAGCAGCAGGCCGAGUGUAAUCGGCCGCAGCAGCGGCGGAAGCGGCGGAAGCGGCAGCAGCAUGGGGCAUGCCGGCAGCGCGUCGGCGACGGGCGCCCUGCCAGAUCCGAGCCGCGUGUCGGCAUCGUCCACGGUGGUAUUAAACCCCUCUCCCUCUGCAGCCGCCUCUUUCGCCUCCGGCACGCACACGGAAGCUAAGGCCAGCGCUGCAGGCACCCCUUCGUCGGGCAGCGGCCCCUUGCCGACAGUGGCGGGGCCAGCAGCAGCAGUUGCGGCAGCAGCAGCCGGGGCCGCUCAGCCCAUGCACAUGCCCUCCAAGCGCCUUUCCAUCCGUACCCGCGCCGUGGGCAGCAGCGCCGGCGGCUCGAGUGCGGGCGAUGACGCCGGUGGCGGCGGCGGCGGCGCCGAGGUCGGCACGCCCAUCCACAAGCGUGUGCUGCGGUCGCUCACGUCGCUGUUGCGGCUGGGCGGGGGCAGUCCCAGCAACAGCGUCGGCGGCGCCAGCGGCGACGCGGGCAGUGGGGCGAGCUCAGGAGGGGCAAAGGGCGGAAGUGCGGCGCCGGCGUCUGACAGUGGCUCCCCGGGCGCGGAGGAGCAGGCGCGUGCGGCGCCCCGGCGGAGGCUGUGGUCCAGCACGGAUAACUUGGCGGGUGGAGCGGCGGCAGCAGUAGCAGCAGCAGCUGAAGCAACUGCCGGAGCAGCAGCCAGAGCCAGCGGUGUGGCAGCUGCGCCUUCCGCGGCGGUGGCAGGUAGCGACGGUGGCGAUGCUGGCGGUGAUGCAGGCGGUGGCGGCGCUGUUGACGGUGCGGCGGCAAUGGCGGCGCCGGCGCCCAUGCACGUUGACGACGCCACAGCCGCCGCCGCGGCACAGCGCGGCGCAGGCGCUGGCGUGUUCCUGCCGCGGCGCGCGCAGCCGCCGUGGCUUGCGCCCGACCCCUACAGCAGCCCCAACUCCCCCGCGCUUUUUCGCCCAGUUGCAGGCGCGGCCGCAGCUGCAACAGCGGGCGGUGUCGUCGGGCUGUACGGCGAGCAGGGGGCACCGCCGCCGCGGCGCCGCUCCGACACCGGCAGCGUCGCCUCCCCCACCGCCAGCAUGAUCUACGGCCGCGGCGCCGGCGUCGGUGGCUCUGCUGGGGAAACACACAGCGCCAGCGGCGCCGGCCCCGGAGAGUUUGGCCCGUACGGCCCUGGGGGGCUGCUGUAUCGCAAGCAGUCCCGGUCUGGCAACGCCAGCCCCGCGCACGCUGCGCCCGGCGGUUACGCGCCUCAGCCGCAGUCACUGCAACCGCAGCCGCUGCAGCAGCCGCUGACGCGGCCACAGGCGGGCUUGGGCGUGCGCCCGCGGCGGUCUGACGGCGGGCCGCUGGCCGACGGCGCCGCCGCAACACUGAAUACCUCCGACGACGGGUCGCGCGACGCGCCGGCGGUGCCGCUGGCAGCCGCCGCCGCACGCUGGGGUAGCAGUGGUGUCGCGCCAGCCUCUGGCGCUGCGGCCCCUGCGCCCGGAACAGGGUUGAUAUCUCCGGCCAGGCCAGUCGAGGCAGGUGGGGCGGCGGCGCAGCCGCCCGGCAGCAGCAGUGGCGGUGGUGACAGCGGUCUGCCGGUUCCGGUGGGCUUGCUCCUCGACAGCGCGGACGUGUACGACGAGGCGUCGUGGGGCGUAGACCUCGACUCCCUGCCAGCGGGUCCGUUCCGAUGGGGCGACCCCGAGCCUGCAGCGGCGGCGGCAGCAGUGGCGGCGUCACGUGCCAGCCAGGGGUUGUACUCCGGGGCAGGCGGCUCCUCGGCGGCAACGGGUGGCGCCGGCGCUGGUGCAGGCUGGGCGCCGGGCCUGGGGUUUCCGGCGAGGCACAUGUCUAUGGACGGUUCCGCGGCGCGGCCCCGGGCUGUGGCGGUGGUCGCUGUGCCCCAUCAGGACGGGUCCCGGCCUGCCGGUCCCGCCGCUCACGCUGCCGCCAGCUUCAGUUCCAGGUCGCAGCGCUCCGCCUCCAGCAGCGCCUUCAUGUCGGCAGCCACAGCGGCGGUGGCGGCAGCUGGCAACAGCGGCGGGGGUGGAGCGGCCAGCACCGGCGCCACGCCGGGUGCCGCGGCAGUCGGCGGUGGCGCCGGUGUCGCGGCGUCAGAGCCGGGCGGCUUCAGCAUCAGCACACUGCGGCCAGCAACCCUGGAGCCUUCCGGGCAGCUGUCGCCGCCGGCGGCCUCGCCUGCCGGCGGCCUUGCCAGGCCGCCGCCACUUGACAUGGCCGUCGUACGGCCGCCACCGCUGCCGGCGGCGGGGCCGCAAGCAUCCAGCAGCGGAGCUGCCGCGGCAUCUGGUGCAGGCACCAGUGUCUCCGGCUCCUCCGCCCGCCGGCCUCGCUCCUCCUACAGCGGCUCACUGAGCAUGCAGCCGCCGGCGUCGCUGGCCGCUGCCGGCCGGACCGGCGGCAUGUUCCUGCCCUCGCCGCUACCGUCGCCGGGGCCUUUGAACUCAUCGUCCGGCGGCGGCGCCUCCGCGGCGGCAGCGAUGCCGUGGACGGGGCUGGGGCCCACCGGUGUUACCUCAGGCCCGCCGUCUACCACACACUCUGCCGCGCCGUCGCCGCUGCCGCGUCACAGCAGUGAGAUGGGCUCGCCGUCGCCUCGGCAGCGACCGCAGCUGCAGUCUGGCGGCGGCAUGGUGGGUGAGGCCGCGGCCGCGGCGGGUGGUGGUGGUGCACCAAGCGCACGUGCGGAAGGCGGUGGGGCGGUGUGGGGUGCCAGCAGUCGGGCCACUGCGGACAUCAGCUCAAUGAUGUCAGAGCUACCCCCGCCAGACCGGCAGGCGCAGCCGCAGCAGCAGCUGCUGCAGCUGCAACAACCAAAUGCCGCUUACGCGCGGCUGCGUGAGACACCGCGAGACCAUUCGCGGCAGCCCCGUGCUGGCGGCCCCGUGCCGGCUCCUAGCGUGGCCCCGCGCACCCCGAGCGGCGGAGCCUCCGGCCGCGCCGCCGCUGCUGCGGGUGCACAGCAGCGUUCGCUGACGCCGGCCGCUGGGGCAUCGACGGCUGCUGCCGCCCCGCGUGUCGCCGCCGCGCCGCGGAGCACCAGCGCUGGAUCCGGCAGCGCACCGCUGAACAGUGCCGGCGGGGCAAGGGCCGCCGUAGCAGCUGGAGCGGCAGGCGGCGCCGCUGCCGCGGCCGCUGCAGCGCAGCAGGCGGGCGGCGGCAAGGCGGGCCGCAGCGACGACGGGUUCGACAUCACCCGCAUCUGGGAGCACCUGCGGGCGGUGCGACAGCAGCAACAGCAGGAGAUGCAGCAACAACAGGAGCUGCAAGCAUCAGCGGUGGCGGCAGGGGUCACGGAGCCGGGCGCACAGGCCGAAACCGUGCCGCCGCCCAUCUUCCGAAGUGAAGGAGGCGCCAGUGACACCUCCGUGCCGCUCUCAGUCUCGUCCCCCAACGCGCUAAGCUCCUCCAGCGACGUUGCCGCGGCCCUGGCCCUCUCCUCCUCGCCCACCUUCGCCGGCGGUGACGUCACCGCCGCCGCCGCCGCAGGCGGCGGCAGCACCGGCAGCUACAUGCCUCCGAGCCUGGGCAGCAGCAGUGGCGGCGCCGGCGCGGCCGCCGCGACGAGUGGCCGCAGCAGCACGUCUCGAGACGCAUCGGCCUGUGUCGGCGGCGGCGGCGGCGGCGGCGCGCGGCGCGGCGGCAGCGCGUCCCCCGCUAGCUCCGCCACCAGCAGCUCUGUGGUGUCGCCCCGCGCGCCGCCGGCCAUGAUGCGGGAGUCCGUCUUCGACGGCAGCGGCGCCGGCGGCGAGGCUAGGGUCAGCGGCGGCGGCGUUGUUGGCGGCGGCAGCGGCAUCGACAUGCACGCGCCGGCGGUGCUGGAUGGCAGCCCUGGCCUAACGCACCGUGCGCCGCCGCGGCCUGGCGGCGGCGGCCGGGCGGACCCGUCGCUGCUAAAGCCGGUACUGGGCAUCCGCCGGCUGCUGCCCAUGCCGUCGCCAUCUUGCAUCAUCUCGACGCCGACCGGCACGCCGCGCGCGGCCCGCAGCGGCAGCGCAGGCGCAGGCACCUCAAGCGGCGGUAACGGCACCGGCGCAGGCGACGGCGCGGCGGCCGCCGCCGCGGCGCACCCGCCACGUCGAGGCAGUGUGGACUCGUCUUCCAGGGUGGCGGCGGCGGCGGCGGCUGCCGCCGCCGCGUCGCUGGUCGCCAUGCUGGGUCUGCCGCCCAGGGUCGCAGAUGACACCUCCCUCGCGCCUGAUGCGCCGGGGGCGGCCUCAGCAGCUGCAGCAGCUGCAGCAGCGGCAGCGUCGACGGUGGCAUCGCCCUUUGGCGGCGCUGCCGGCUUGCCGGCAUUUCCUACUCUUGGCGCGGAGUCGGGCGGCGUUGUGGCGGCAGGAACGGCGCGGCAGACGGCCGUCGCCCGCUCCGCAUCGUCGGUGCUACCCAGCCCCGGCGGCUCCAGCUCCGGCGCCGGCUCGGCUCGGAGCAGUUUGCGGGUGGCGCUGCCGGUGGAGCUGUCGCACGGCGGCGCGGCUGCCGGCGGGCCGCUUGCGGCUUCGUCAGCAGCUGCAGCACUUGCUGCGGCGGCAGGCGGCACGGCGGGCCGCGGCGAUGUGGUGGCCUCGUCGGUUGCAAGCGGUGGUAGCAACGGCGGUGGAGGCUUGGGUGGAGGGGGAGGGGUGAGGAGUGCGCUGUUGCCGAGCCGCUCGGCAUCGCUGGAGCAGCCGGCGGCGUCGUCGCCGGUGUGGUCGCCGUCGGCGGUGCGGUCGCCGUGCGUAGUGGCGGGCUCACAUUCGGGGUCAGAAGAUGGUGCACCGCAGCAGUUGUGACGUAAUGUAUAUAUACCGUAGCUGCGUUACUGUUGUAAGUUUGACUUGUACGCCUAGCAAAGUGUGCGCACGGCGCUUAAUAAGCUGUAGUGCGGAUGUAGAACUGAUAACUGCGGUGGAACUUCGCAGCCGUGCAUUCAUGGCUCUUGGUGGUAGGUGCAUAGCAAUGCUGCGAGGUUACAGGACGUUUUCACGAGGACACGAUUGCUAGGUAGGUGAUGUAUAAAGGACAUGGAGUAGAGAAGAGACACGCGACGGUCAGGGCGCGCACCUCCCGGGCUCACGAGCUGUGGGGGCUCCUGUGCUACCGCCAUGUGCAUAUAUGAGAGGCAGCUCAUGCCAAGCGGCCCGAGUCCGGUGCUCCUGAGAAACCACUCACGGUGUUAAAUGCCGACGUCCAGGCAGCUGUGUGGGCGGCAGGGCUGCUGGCACGAUGGGUUGCGCAGGGGAGUGGGGCAUGAGGGAAGCCGCGGGGCCACCAGCAGGAGGUUCCAGGUGUGUUCGUGCAUCAUGGUCCGCAUAGCCAUUCGCGCGGGCGUGCACGACGCUAGUCAUGUCCCCAUCCACCCCGGCUGUGCUGACCGUAAUACGGUGUAGGGGUUGAACGGGCUGCGUGCCAAGACUGCCAACGGUUCACUCAGCGUGCAUGAGGCCCCCCUGACAGCUUUGACCACUGUU